ACUAAAAAACCCACCAGCACUUCCUGAUCUUACACUUAAAUACAUGCAGCUCUGACAGCCUGUUCUGAUAAACAAGCACAUGGUUCUCAGAGUGACUGAGUUUAAAACUAAGUAUGGCCUGGGACAACAUCACUCAGCUUGACAACGCCACACUGGAUAUGUUUAAGAACAAGACAGCAAGCAAUGCGGUCUCUAUAUUAUAUAUCAUUGUCACGUUGAUCAACUUUCCUGGAAACGGCCUCUCUUUGUGGCUACUGGCGUUCCGCACCUCGCCCAAGACCCCUUCCAUCAUCUUCAUGAUCAACCUCACCAUCACUGAUCUGGCAGUCGGCUGUGCCCUGCCGUUCCAGAUCAUUUACCAGAGCAAUGGAUACAACUGGAAUUUUGGAUCUGGACUCUGCAGUGGGAUGACUGUUCUGUUCUACGCCAAUAUGUACUGUUCUAUUCUGACCAUGACUGCCAUUAGCAUUGACCGCUACCUUGGAAUUGUUCGGCCCAUGCAGUUUAGGGAAAUGAAGCGUAGGAGGGAGUAUGCAAUAUCUGGAUGUGUGAUUAUGUGGGCGAUUGUAUUAUUUGCUCUAUACCCACUGGAGAGCACCGACCUGACUUAUGAAGUGACUGACCUCAACAUAACAACCUGCUUCGAUGUCCUCAAGCUAAGCAUGCUCCCAACAAUAAAACACUGGGCUGUCUUCCUGUUUACUUUGUUUGUCAUUCUCUUUCUGAUCCCAUUCAUAACAACAGUGUUCUGCUAUAUCAGCAUCAUCAAGUCACUUGUCAACAAGCGCUGUGUUAGUAACCAAAAGAGAAGAUCUCUGCACCUCGCUGUACUAGUGCUGUUAGUGUUUAUCGUUUGUUUUGCACCGAACAACAUCAUUCUCCUGGCUCAUAUAAUUCGGAGGCUUUUCUACAACGGCUCCUUUUACAUGCAAUACAAGCUCUCUCUUUCGCUAAGCUGUAUCAACAGCUGCUUGGACCCCUUCAUUUAUUACCUGGCUUCCAGAGAAUUCCGCCGAAAGUUGAGGGGGCUUCUGGGAAUGAAAGUAAACAGCAGUGGGGAUACUCAGAGCUGCAUGACAGACCAACACAGAGAAAGUAUUUUCUCUGCUCGCUCCAUGUCUCAGGCUAAUGCUGAUGAUUAUGAUCAUAAUCUUCCUAUGUCGACAAUUUAAAAAAAAAAAAAAAUUUUAUAUAUAUAUAUAGAAUAUUAUAAUAUUGUAUAUAUUGUAUUACAUUAUAGUAAUACUAAAUUUGUUUUGAAAAAAGGGCUCUUUGCACCAUACUGAGUCAAUUUCAGAAACCAUCCCAAUACAAUUUAACACAAAGUACAGAAUAACAGCAAUUACUUAAGUAGCAUUAAAAAUCAACCGAUUAAUAAAUAAUGAAAAUUAUAUUAGCAAACUCACAAAACAUGUGAAUCUUUACAAAGUGGAAACACCCUAAAGGUCAUUCUUAUCCUUUAAAGUCAAGCGAACAAGUUGGUAACUGACUUAAGGUUAACUGAGUUACCAAGUUUAACCAAGUCUUACCAGCAAGUUUCGUAAAACUUCGAGCGCUUUAUUUUAGCGUAAAACGUAGCCUUAUCAUCAGAUUCUUGGCUGUCAUUGACAGCACAUCAGCAUUACUUAAAAAAAAAAUCUGAGAUUCUGCAUGUGUAAAAUCUGAAACCUUUUUGUGGUAAAUGUAUGUUCAUUGAUGGUAUGACUUUAAGUAACUUAUUGGAAGCUAUAACUGAAUGUGAAAUGUAAAAUCUGUGAAAAUGUGAAAUCUGAUUACUAAAGGUUUAUAUGUAGUUUUAUAUACAGCUCAGAAAGUUAUUACGGUAUUAUUUUUUCAGUACAGGGGCAUUUAAAUUAUUUGAAAGCUUUUUUUUAUACUGUUUCAACAUUUCUUUUGGUUUUUAUUAUGAAAUCUAUGUAUUUUCCUGUUUUUUUUUUUUUAUCAGUGUAAGCACAAACUAAAAUAAUGUUUUCAUUUCCAAACGUGUUUCAUAAAACUAUUGUUACUGUGGAAAGAAUGUAAUGAAAUAAUGUAUCUCCAGAUGUCUUUGCAAUACUUAUUUAUACACUUUAAACAGCACAGUUUGUUGCCCUGUACAUAUAGCAGAAACUGUUUUGCAUUUAUUUUUAAAUUUAUUAUAACACAUGGUACAUCAGGAUGGGUAUCAGCACCUACUUUCGGAGGUAGUACUUUUUCAAUCGCUACUAAAUCAAUAAUAGUGAGAAAUUCCAGUUGUACAAAAUCCAACUAGAUGCAAAAUCAAACCCCUCUUCGAAUGAAUAAUAGUUAUUAUAUACAGAAACAAUUUGAUUUGGUUUUCAUUUUUAACUGAUGAAUUCUGCAUCUCAUUACCACCUGCAGCUCCUUUCAAAAACUAGUAUCUAUGCCUUUUACUUUUCAUAUGAACUCAUACAACAGGUAUGUAGAAUUCAGAUGUUUUACUGUAUAUUUGCAGAAUUCUGAACAGAAUAAUUCCUAAUAUAUCAUACUACUUAAUGCAUGCUUGGGGAGUUCAGUGUUUACAAAACAGGAAACCUAAAGAGAUGUUCCUGAGUUUGUGUCUCUGCAAGUUGCUGUAUUUGAGCAAGUGGAAUAAAUGUUGUCAUAAAUCAGUGUCAUUUGUGGAUUUCAGUAAAUACUUCUUAAUAUGCAAUACUAUUUUAAUACUGCUGAGUUACGAUACAGGCUGCUGUGUCCCAGCGGAUAUAAUUUCUGCUUGACCAACAUAUAAACACACUGAAAGUAGGUCUAAUAUGUCGCUUUAAGGUUAUUGGAUGCUGUUCCUUUAAUUGUAUUGUUAUCUUUUUCCUUUUUAAUGCAAAAUCAUGCAAACUCUAUUUAGGUUCUUUCCCACAUAUAAACUGUUUUCUGAUGAUCACACAACUUACUGUAACAUUAAGCAUUGUUAAAGUUCCUGUAAUAUGAAUUGUGCUGAUGUGUCAUAAGGUUUAAAGGUAGAUAAAACAAAAAAAAUCCUGUAUUUAAUAAAUCUAAAAUACAGAAAUUUGUGUGACAAUAACUAAAUGACUAUUCCUGUGAAGUGCAAAGAUACUCUAUCAAUAAAUCUGUGCACAAAAUCAA